UCUAAUUUCUAAUAAUUUAGCACACUGGGUAGUGGGUACUCUGUAACAUUAAAUAAUAAAAAUGCCCGUGUAAUGUGUAUGGCGGGCGCAGUGCACUUUUUUUAUAUCAUUCGCAAAUCGCAAAACUUAUUUGUGUGCAGUAGUGUUUUGGUAAAUGCUACAACUACAACACUCUUAAUAAUCAAGAAAAAAAUGUAGUGGUAAUCGAAGGUGGUGAUGGAAUCUUUAGAGGACUCAAAUUGCCCUUCGAUGAGCGACAGCCUUUCUUUGUACGAUCGUUAUAUGCGAAGUUUUAACAUUGUUAAUUUCGACCAUCGCGUGUCGAGUGCACCGUCCAGCAACUGCGACAGCUCGAACAGUGGAGGUAACAUUGACUUGUCUACUGUUAUACAACCCACUACAGAAAAACAUAAUGGGACAGAUUUUAAAGAAUGCAGUCCUUUGAACACGGUUGUGGAUAACGUAGAUAAAAUUUUCGACAACGAUUUAGUUAAAGUCGAGUCACCUUGCACUUCUCUCGCGGCUUCACUGUCCGAGAAUUCGUCCGUGACAAAUCAUUAUUUAAAUGAUAAAUCGGAAACCGUCCCAGUGUCCUCUGAAGAAUCCAAGUCCGAAGGGUUUCGUACAGUGUUUAUAACCUCAACUAUGGAGAAUAGCAACAAUGCGGUGGAUAGUGUACCGAUGUUCCGUGACGUGAAACAAGACGAGAGUGUUUUCAAACUGCCAAUAAGAGAACUGUCCUUCAAUGGUACCAUACUGAAGCAUGUACAAAAAUUAAAACCUAUAGUAGAUCCUAUCACAGCUUUGAGCACAGCAAGCAUGUCAUUAAACAUGCACGAAGAUGUAGAUUCACUGACAAAUAAUGUACCGGUGUCUGAGGAUGUAAGUUUACAGAAUGAUAGUGAUGAAAAGAAUACUAUGGAAUCACUAAACAAUCUUAAAGUUACUGAGAGUAAUGACUUAGAGCAUGAAGACGAAAAUUCAUUGAAAGAAGAUGGUAGUUCAAAGUGGAAUCUAGAUCAAAGCUACUCCUCUCAUGAAGCAUCAUUUGACAGUGGUGUGCGUUCUCCGGAUAUGUUUUCUGAGGAAGAAGAUGUGGAACCCAGUCCAAAGCAAGAGCCAUUCUGGUGCUUCCUCAAAGAUUAUGAAGCAUAUGACAAAAGAAAAGUCAGGAAAAUUGAGGAAACACUCCAAGGAGUCUUACCACCGCCAUCCGUCACAAUCCUAAACACAGAUGUGACACAGAUGCUCAAAAAAUACCAUUGUUUCCUUCCUAUCUUUAAUGGAGAAGAAAAUCUGAACAUAGAAGCUAACUCUAGGACACCAACCAAAAAAGUUUCCUUCGUGGACAUACCAUCAGGUCCAGGAAUACCUGAUGACUUUCAAGAAAUAGCUGAUGAUGUAUCUCUAGGGAAAUUGAAUAACAGUCUAAAUAAGGAAGCUUUGAAUACAGAAUCGGAGGCAAAUACAAGUAUAAGUGAUAGAAGUAUUCAGUUGAAAAUGGGUACAGAAGCUGAGGCUUUAGAGACAGAGUGGCCUGAGGUGCUGAAAUGCAAGUUCCAUGAUGUUUAUUACAAUGUAACCUGCUACUCAGAGAAGUUUGAACUGCUGAUGCAACGCUACGGGGAGCGGUUUGUGGGGGGGGAGACAGACACUAGUGUGAACGUCCACUCAGGGGGACUACAGUCGCCGAGCAGUGCCAGCAAGAGAAAAGCUCUUCGACUGAAGAUGGCACAAGUGAAGUCUCCAGGUCGAAGAUUAUCGCACUUGGCGCGUCGUCGCCAGGCGUUCUGCAGCGCUGCCACCAUCAACGAGAAAGCGCAGGCCACCAAUUCCAAGAUGGUCCUCAUUGAUAAAAAUUUCUUUCCACACAGAAAGCUGAUCAACUCGGCCGAACGAAAAAGCCCACGAACGAGACGCACACCCGGCAAAAAAACACCCUCUCGCAAAACACCGGGCAGAAAAACCCCAGGAAAAACCCCUAAAGGACAAAGCGGGGGAUCUAGCAAGAAAAAAGCUAUGAGACGGUUGCUUAUGGACUCAGAUAUGGUAACAAGAUCGCAGCCUCGAGAAUCGCUAAAAAGGGCCUUAUUUGUUAGUCCAGAACAUAGGAAAACUAUGCCGCAAACGACUUCAUCCGUCCCUCAUCAGGCUAUGAAGUCUAAACGGGCUUUAUUCAGUUCACCGGUAAGACAGGCAGAGACUAAAAGCCAAGAUGGGACAUCUAGUGAUCAGUUUUUGAAAAGGAAAAGAGAUUUCGACGAUGAAGAUAAUAGUAGGAGUAAAAUUGCGAAGAGUUUGUCGUUCGGUGGCGACAGCAUUGGCAGUUCUCAGACUGUGGCAUUCAGUAGACGUGCUUCCGAAGUGCUGGCUACGAGAACCAUGGCUGAAUUAAAUGAAACUCACAAGAAGAAGCUGCUGUGGGCGGUGACAGAAGCACUCCGCCUACACGGCUGGCGCAUGUCGUCUCCAGGGUUCAGGGAGAAGGCAUCUGCCUUGGCGCAGCUCACGCGCAAGCUGCUGACCUUACCCCCGCACGCCGCUAAGCUGGCAGCACCCAAGCUGUCCACCUCUGAUACUCUGUUCAAACUCGCUCGUCGAUACGUGUUCGCGAUCAUCCAAGGCCGUACAGUCGAAGAGUGUUUCCAAGACGAGCAAAUCAAACUCUCAACCGAAACUAACAAGUUAUCGGGAUACAUAUCCGCAACCGCCUACCAACAGAUGAAAACCAAGCAAAUACCCUGCACUCUGACCUCUCAGAUCAAAGAAAAUACUUGCAACGACGGGUCUAUGAAACAAGAGCAACCGCGGAGUACAUCCAAAAAUAUACUGCAAGAUAAAAUGGUCAAUAUCGAUAGUAAUUCCAAUUCAAAUAGCAGUGGCUUCGGCAUGUUGGAGAAAAUAGCUGUUUUUAGGUCACACUCUAUGCCUUCAUUCGAGGAAGCGGCGAAAAUGAGGGCCAGAAGACAAAUCAGUUUUGACAGUGUGGACUUUCCUAAAAGGUGAUGUGUGUGAUUUUAAAUGAGAGUAUAAUGUGCAACGGCUCCAUCAGUUUAGUUGUGACGUUAGUUAGUAUUAUUAUUUAUUUGAAAAACAACAUAUUAGGUUUCUUAACGUAUUUUGUUUCUGCAGCUCAAUAUUAUUUUUGGCUCUCUCAACUCUCGCAACUCUUAUGGCUUUGCCUUAGUAAGGCAUCUUCUAGGCAGGUGCACUCCUCCUUAGACUGCUUCAUCACUUACUACUUGGUGUGAUAGCAGUCAUGCGCAUGUUUAUUUAGUUAAAAAAAAGGUUUCUAACCUGUGAGCUUGUCUACUGAAUAAAUUGCAUAAACCAUAGAUUUUAAUUGACAUAACCAGAUUUUUUAUUGAAUUUCUUGUCGAUCGUGCAAGUAUCGAUAUUGUGAAGUAUCGAUAUCGUGAAGUAUCGAUUUUAUCGACUGGACCCAUAGGGACAACGUUCAUUUGUUAGUGACGUAAUUUGAAGACGGUCCCUUGGCAAGCAUUUUAUGGAUUCAAAUAGCUUCUAAUUUAGUCACAGACAAGAUUCAUAAGUGCUUCCUUACUGUUAAUUUGUUUUUAAUUAAUUAUAGUUUUAUUUUGUUGUUUAGCAUAUCUACGUAUUUGGGGAAAUUGUCUUAACGAUAAUCUCUAAUUAGUGUGGGUAUGAUGACGAUUGGUGUCGCAAUCUUAAGCUGUUAAUAUGUAGACUGGUGCAAUGUUUUGUAUGUAUAUCAGUCUGGAUAUUUUGUUGUUUAGCAUGUCUACAUAUUUGGGGAAAUCGUCUUAAGGAUGAUAUUCUCUAAUUAGAGUGGCUAUGAUGACAAUUGGUGUUGCAAUCUAAAGCUGUAUAAUAUGUAGACAUGUAAUUUUUUACUGUAUAAUAUAUCAGUCUGGACAUAAUAUGACUCAAGUUACUACGAACCUUAUUGCGCGUACUGUGCGUUCGUUUCAAAAACUCGCGCCGCGCACCAUUUUUAAUACUAAAGCUUUUCUGGGAAUUAUAAUUUUAACUGCAAUUUGUUUGUUUUAAAAAUUAAAUUAAUAAACUACGAAAAUCGGUUCAAAGAUAAAUGUUUCAGAUUCCAGGUAACAAAUCAAUUUUAUAAUAUUAAUAAAAAUUAGCUGUAGUUUCAUGUAUUUUAAUAUUAAAAAUUACUAAAAUGUAAUAAAAAAAUACAAAAAAUGUUUUUAAAGAAAUUCUGAUAAUUUGAUAACCCUAGUGGACCACUAUUGUAAAAAUAGUAUGCUUUUAAAGAAAAAUUUUAACAUAAAUAAUAUAUUUUCUUUCAAUUAUGUUAGUUAAUAGUCAAAACCGGGACUGUCGAAAAGAAUAUUUGUAUUUUUAAGGGAUAAAUAAGGAGAUAUCAAUCAAAGUAUACUGCUAUAAAUAUAUUCACUUCCAAGUGAAGUGGGUAAUACAUACAUAUUUUAAAUUGUGUUGUUAGGUGUUGUUGCGCAAUUUAACGGCGCAACGAUCGAUGAAUAGGCUGGCAUGCAAUGCGCAAUGACCGACUAGUGUGCACUGAAUACAUACAUUAAAUUGUGUUGUUAGGUGUUGUUGCACAAUUCAACGGUGCAACGAUCGAUGAAUCGGCUGGCAUGGAAUGCGCCACGUCAUACUAGUGUGCAUGGUGCAGUGUGCACGAUUGUGACUGCGAUUGCCGCCUGUCGCGUAGCAACACACGACAACACAGAAGUCUGUAUGCACCUUAAAAAAUACAAAUUUCAUAAUAAUUUUUUGUUUACUUUUAUUUUUUAUUAGUAACUAUUAUGCUGUGCAAAGUAGUGUUAAAGUGUGACUCGACUAACUAGUAACUCUUUAGUAAAAAUGUGUUACUAUCACUGAGUUUGAUCUCGGAUCAGAUGUUUUUGUAAUGUACAGCAAGAAUAAACUUUUUUCAUUGAAACC